UGGAGAUACAGACACUUUUGACUCCUUACCAGAUCUAAACAUAUCUUACCAGAUUACACUGUGCACAGGAGUAGACUUGCUUGAGGCUGUAAUAUCGUCUUUGGUUCGUUGGGAACAUGGAUCUCGGACUGCUUUUGGGCUCAUCUGACGGUAACGUGACUGAAACACACCAGUUCGGCCUGAGAGUGAUCGUGAAAGAAGAAGAUAUAAAAGAGGAGGAAUACGGUCACAUGAUUUCAUGUCCAGAUGAAGAAGAAAAGCCCUUUGCAGAGCUUCACUGUAAAACUGAAACGGACAUCGCAGAGUCCAACGUCACCUGCAAUGAAACACUACAGACAACAGUGAAGAUUGAAGUGAAGAAAGAAGAUGAACAAGAGCACGAUUAUAUCCUGGAAAGUGUGCCGGAACAUCCAGAUGAAACGCAACAGCGGAUCCACGGACAGAAUGAUGAACUCAACCUGCAGCUGCAAGGAAGGCUGCACCACUGCACUGUGUGCAGGAAGAGCUUCACCACACUUUCUGAACUGGAGAAACACCAGCAAGCACACUCCCUCGGUGUGCAUGAACGGCUCAACACUGGCGUCAAAAGGCAGCAUGAAUGCAGCCACUGCGGGAAAUCAUUCCCGAAGGUUUCAACUCUUAAAACCCAUAUUUUAAUUCACACGGGAACGAAGCCCCAUAAAUGCGCUCAGUGCGGAAAAGCUUUUUCGCAAAGUUCAAAUCUCAAAACUCACAUGCUGUCGCACACUGGCACAGACGCGCACAUCUGCGUUCACUGCGGGAGAGCGUUCAAGACGCACUCGUACCUUAAGAUCCACGUGCGCAUGCACGCAGGAGAGUCGCCCCAUAAAUGUGUCCAGUGCGGAAGAGCUUUUCCACUGCCUUCUAAUCUCAAAACUCACAUGUUGACGCACACGGGAGAGAAGCCUCAUAAAUGCACCCAGUGUGGAAAAGGAUUCACAGUAUCCACGGGUCUCGAACGCCACAUGCUCAUACACACUGGAGAGAAGCCUCAUGAAUGUGCCCAGUGUGGAAAAGCUUUCUCACAAAUGUGGUGUCUGAAAAGCCACAUGCUAACACACACUGGAGAGAAGCCUCAUCAAUGUACUCAGUGUGGGAAGGCUUUUUCGAAAAGGUCAAAUCUGAACAGCCACACGAAAAUACACACCGGAGAGAAGCCUCAUAAAUGUACUCAGUGUAGAAAAGCCUUUUCAAAAAUGUCAGGUCUUAAAAAUCACAUGGUGACGCACAGUGGGGAAAAGCCUCACAAGUGUGUCCAGUGCGGAAAAGCCUUUACGCACAUCACCACUCUCAAAAGCCACAUGACGAUACACACGGGAGAAACCCCUCAUAAAUGUGCCCAGUGUGGCAAAGCUUACACGUCGUCCACAGGUCUUAAACGCCACAUGCUGUUACACACUGGAGAGGAGCCGUACAAGUGUGUCCAGUGUGGGAAAGCUUUUUCGCAAAACUCAAAACUUAAAAGCCACAUACUCUCGCAUACUGGAAAGAAGCGUCAUAAAAGUCCGGGACCCAAAGGCCAGAAUCUUGGUGAACCUGGUGUUGUUGGUCAAGACCAGAAUCUUGGUGAACCUGGUGUUGUCGGUUAAAUACAGUAUGUUUUUGUGUUGCUCCGGAGUUACUCAAUAAGAACAUGUAUUUAUGACAAUAACAUGACAGUAAACUUUGAACUUUGAACCUUUUGGAAGGACAGCGUGAAAUGUAAAGCCAUUUUUUUCUUGUAUUGAAUUGAAUUGAAUUGAGUUGAAUGACUGGGUGCCUCUCAACUUCUCUCCUCGAUACUCGAUGCUCGGUCCUCCAGGCUCGUUCCCACUGAUCUAUAACUAACACUGGACAGACUAUCCCAUUGUUGCCGCCCCACCGUUCUUUAUGUAGAUCAGUGAGGACGAGGACCGAGGAUGGAAGGGAGGAUGUAUAAAAGACGAAUGAGAGGCACCCAGCAUCCUCACUCCAUCAAAGCCAGUGACUGUUGUGGAGCACUGACUGUUCUCUGUCCACAUCGAAUCCAUUAUGUGCCAUACUUCUUAUUCAAAAAAGUAGAGCAACACAAGUAACAGAAAUGAAUCAACCUUAAGCAUAUGUGUAUU